CUGUCAAAUUCACUAGUGUCGCAUAUGUUCUUGUCAGCAUGCCAAAUAAACCAUUUACAUCCCACCAUUCAAACGUUCUGAAGGAGGUCACUUAUUCGUCAGCACCAGCAAAAUAUGGCAAUGAAACAGUGAUCAUUACCAGGUCGACAAGCCGUACACUGUUCGAACAAACAACAACGUCAAUAUUCAAAAACUUUUCGUAUUUGGGACAACCAGACUACUGCAAUAGAAACCCUUUCAAGUAUUACACACAAUGUAACGCAAUCCCGGGGCUAAAAACGGGUUUAGCUGAUGGGGGCAUAUCAUUCUCAUUUAAUACUUUUAGUCAUUAUUCCGCCCAAGAGCAUCCUAACCUUUUUCAUUACUCCGGUUAUCCAACUAAAAACUUAAAUCAACACUGCCGUUGGCAGGAUACUCAACAAUCGUUAACUUCAGACCAGCAAAUUGCUUUGAACCAAUUGAGAAGAAACGGAUUAGAGUUGAUGGUAAUUCAGGAGAAAAUGAAUCAAUACCCAUUACAACUCAGAUCAAGUUACGAUCGAUCUACAUCUACAGUAAACUUGCCAUCCGAAACAUCUGAAGUUGUUCCCUCUCGUAUUUGCGAAAUAACUCCCUCUGGAUCAACACAUCAACGAUCCGUGUCACAAAAUACCAGUUUACCAGCUGAGAAUAAGAUCAGAAAGUUAGUGUUAACAAAAUCUCCCGACUUGCAAAAACAACAGACUUCAUCAGACGCAGAUCAUGGCGAAGAAGACCAUAAAGAAACUACGAAGCAAUAAGUAAAAAAGCAGCAUAGUAGCCUUUGUGUUAUAACAAAAUGCAAACGAACAUCAUUUAAUCAAAUUCUGAAAAUAUAACUAAAUUCUCCAAAUUUAAGUUAUUUCAUACUAGAAAUAGACAGGCACGACAGUAUGGAAAGUACCAAGAAAAGCGUCAAGCACACACUGAAUGAAUUAUCAUCCCCAAAAACUUCAAGGGUGACAGGUAAACACGUUGCUCCCAUUUAUAAACGAGGUUCCAUUGACAGUGGAGUAAAGCGCUCUGCAAUACGGGGAACGAUCAGAGAUAUUCGUAGGCUAAACCAAUUGGCCAAACCAUAUCGUUACCUAGAAAAUGCAUUGGAUCGCUAUAAAGAUCUGGUGCCGCCACAAUCUAAGAAAGAACCGCCUCGGGAUAUCAAAGCUGAAGUGAGUCCAAAAGCCCUAAAAUAUAUAGCCAGCGACAGAAUUAAGGAAUUAGCUCAACCUAUUCGGCGAUAGCAACGGAAGUGACUUAUAAAACAUUACUAUUAAAUAAAAGCUAUAAAAAAGGUA